AUGAGUCAGUGUAGGAGAGCCAAGAAGUAUGAAUUGAGAACAAUAGCUAAAAAUUAUGCAAGAUUAUGGUCAUAUGGUGAGGAGAUUAGAAGAUCAAAUCCUAGACCCACAGUUAAAAUUUGUGUUGAUUCAAUGCUUGAUGGGGAGUUGCUUUGUGCUGUGGGUAGAGAUGCUAACAAUGAAAUAUUCCCGAUUGAUUGGGUAGUUGUUUUUGUGGAAAACAAAGAGAAUUGGAAAUGGUUCAUAGAAACGCUUUCAGAAGAUUUGCAAUGCUGGAAUGAUGGGCAUGGUUUGGUUCUAAUUUCGAAUCAACACAAGGAGUCUGUAAACGUUGCCAUAGGGGUUGGGGAUGAUGAGGUAAUGGUAGAUGCUAGUGAUGUUUUGGAGAGGACAGGUGAGGAAGAGUGGAUGGUGGGAAUCAAUGGACGAGAUGAAGGGGUGAAGGUCAAUGCCCGUAUUCAUCAAGUUAAGCAUGUUAAACCACCUAACAAACGAAAGAAGUCAGAAAUAAUCAUUAAAAUGAAGCUUGCAAAAAAUGUGGGAGGUGAAGGUAGCAGUGUUGCAACGACCAUGGAGUUGGAUUAA